UCGCCUUGUCGAUCAAGAUACCGGUACCUUCUUUCCAGUCUCUUUAGAUAACUCUCCCUCAAUAACUCCUUUUAAUACUCUUCCAUUCAAUUAUCAUCUCAACCCUCGCACCCUUCUAUCAUACCAACACCAUCUCAUCUCCUACCGUGUUAGAGUCUCGUUCCAGUAUUGAGAGGUCAGACUCAAAGCUCAACCUAUUCAAUAAGGUCCUGUACGGAAGCUUGUUCGCAAUAGAGAGGAAGUUGCUCUGAAUACAUCAAUCAUUUCCAUCAACUUUCUAGCUAGAUUACACCAACGUCAUCCGUCAACUCCUUCUCAAUUCCGCCUUAUCUGCCGUGGAAUCUUCUUCUCGAUUCACUCGAUUACAUUGUCGCAAUUCUAUGAAUCUGCACUAGUUUGUAAACAAAGCAUUGAGCUGUUUACCUCACAUAACGAGUUCGAAUGUCACUACCGUCGGUGUACUUGACCGAAAUCGAGUCCCUCAGUCAAGAAAUUAUUAGAAACCAACCUACCGAUAUUUUACAAUUCUGUGCCAACUAUUUUAGUCAACGUCUAGAAACUGAGCGCACAGGGUUUCUUACAUCUCGCAAUAGAUCAUAUCGUUCCGUAUCACCAGGGACAGCAAAUCGGCCGAGAAUGGCUGGAAAUACAUUCCCUGGUCGGCUUGGAACUCACGUCAAUCCUUUUGGUGGUGAUGGAAAUGGUUUAGGACAUGAACAAGCGGUUCCCGGCAAUAUUUCAAAAGUCAUAGAGGAGGAUGAAAAUGAUACGAUAACAUCACCAACAACACCAAAUUUUGGAUUCUCAAAGGGAGUUCCUUCAUUUGGAGCUUCGUUUGGAGCUUCAUUCGGAGGAGACGCAAGUACCGGAGACUUUCCACCAUCUUCUUUCAAACCUGCGAGCGAAGGAUUCCCCGAGCAUUACGGCAUGGGAAGGCGCACUUCUGUUUCAGCCGAAUCUCUCAACCCAACAGCUUCAUCCAACGAUAACUGGUCUCCACCCUUUCAUCAAAAGACACCGGACCAAGUAGCACGCUUGAAGAAGUCGAUUUCCGGAAACUUUCUUUUUAGUCAUCUUGAUGACGAACAAAGCGCUCAAGUACUAGGUGCUCUCGUAGAGAAGCCAACUCCUGCCGUUGGUAUCAAGGUCAUCUCGCAAGGUGAUCAGGGAGAUUUCUUUUACGUAGUCGAGAAAGGCUCUUUUGACGUACAUGUCAACUCCAGUGGCUCACUGCAACCAGGUCCUGAUGGUCUCGGGACCAAGGUAGCCACCAUUGAGCCUGGUGGAUCUUUUGGUGAACUCGCCCUCAUGUAUAACGCACCCAGAGCAGCCACAGUUAUAUCUGCAGAGGCUUCCUGCACUCUCUGGGCUUUAGAUCGUAUAACCUUCCGCAGAAUUCUGAUGGAUUCAACAUUCCAGCGCCGUCGCCUCUAUGAAAGUUUCCUCGAAGAAGUACCACUUCUUUCAACUUUGACCCGUUAUGAAAGGUCGAAAAUUGCUGAUGCUUUGGAGACCCAGAAAUACCCACCUGGUACUUCAAUCAUAAAUGAAGGGGAUGCCGGAGAAGCAUUCUAUCUUCUUGAGAGUGGAGAGGCUGAAGCAUACAAACGUGGCGUAGAUAACCCAGUAAAAUUAUACCACAAGGGAGACUAUUUCGGAGAAUUGGCAUUACUAAAUGAUGCUCCCCGAGCUGCUAGUGUUGUUAGCAAAACCGAAGUAAAGGUAGCUACCCUUGGCAAAAACGGGUUCCAGAGAUUAUUGGGACCGGUUGAAAGUAUUAUGAGAAGAACUAAAUAUGAGGGCGUGGAGAGCAUUGAUCCCCUUCACCAGAACUAAAGGAUUGUUGGUUUGGAAUGGAUUCGUUUUACUUGAUGGCGUUCAGAUACAGGUUACGUUCGUUCAUGAGAUGAUCAUAUGGACUAGGGAUUAUUAGUGGGCAAUACCUGAGAUGCAGACAAGAGUCAGAUUUUUCAAUCACUUUGCAAUUGUAUUAUUGAUGCUGUUAGCGAACUGCUUUUGAAUGCUAAUUAGUUCUACACCAUGCAUCUUUUCUCCUGAUGCCUCGAAUCAGAAUUUUGUGAUGCGACCUCAUGGACACCAAAACCGUAGAUAUAAACAUUUCAACAGUGGUACUAAAUCUUGUCCACAUUUGGUCCUUCGCUGUUCAGAUAUCAUGUAGUCUCAACCAGAGCCUGGCUAGUAAUUUAUCCCAUGUCCCUUCUCUCUAUUCCAUAUAUUACAUA